CUUCCGCCUCACAGAGGGCCCCGCCCCGGUGACGUCACUUCCGUAAACAAAGGGCGCUGUGGAGGCGCCGGUCCCAGGCUGCUGACCCGGCUUGGCGAUCCCGGGCUCUUGCUGCAGCUGUAGCUGAGGCUUUGGACGCUCUCGGACCCUUUCCCCGUGAAGGAAGGGGGAUCGCAGCCUCUUCCUCCGGUCAUACAGAGCUGGUGUUGAUGCGUCGAAGAACUUAAAACAAUGGAAGAGCGGAAAGUGAAGAGGAAGAGCCCCAAGUCUUUCAGUGCCCACUCUACUCAGGUUGUUAAUGCCAAAAAAAAUGCCAUCCCAGCGAGUAAAAGCACAGGCUUUUCAAAUCCCACGGCACAGUCAACUUCCCAGCGGCCAAAGUUAAAGAGAGUGAUGAAAGAGAAGAACAGACCUCAAGCAGGAGAAGGGAAGGGGGCUCAGUCCACCCCCAUCCAGCACUCCUUCCUCACGGACGUCUCCGAUGUCCAGGAGAUGGAGCGCGGCCUCCUCAGUCUGCUGAACGAUUUCCACUCUGGAAAGCUGCAGGCGUUCGGAAAUGAAUGUUCCAUAGAACAGAUGGAGCAUGUCCGGGGGAUGCAGGAGAAAUUAGCUCGCCUGAACUUGGAGCUGUAUGGGGAGUUAGAGGAGCUGCCCGAAGAUAAGCGGAAAGCGGCCAGCGAUGCCAACCUGGACAGACUUCUGUCUGACGGGGCUGAGAAGCUGACUCAGCGACUAAAAGUACUUGCUGCUCUUGCAGAGGACCCAGAAUCUGUUGCCAGCACCCACAUGGCGGCCCUCGACCGUCUGUAGCUCCAGUUCCGGAGAUCUGAAGCCCUCUUCUGGCCUCUGAGGGCACACCUCUGUGGUGCACAUGCUUACAUGCGGGCAAAACACUCAUACCCAUAAAAUAAAAAUAAAUAAAUCUUUCCAGCCUUCUUUAGGGAGCUAGGGAGAGGGCUCAGUCAGUCAAGUUCUUGCUGCUCCAGCGUGAGGGCCUGAGUUCAGAUCCUCAGUACCUGGAGAGGUGGGGAUGUGAAGAUCUCUGGGCUUACUGGCCACCCAUUCUUGCUGGAUUUGUGAGCUCCAGGUUUGGUGAGAGAUCCUGUCUCAGAAAACUAAGGUGGAGAACAAUUGAGGAAGACACGAAACGUUGACCUCUGGCUUGCACAUGUGCAGAUGCACACACUUGCACAUGUGCACACACAAAACCUUUGUAGAACAAAGGGAAAUAAAUAAAAACUGACUUCAGCGUAUUUUAGCUUCAUAUUCAUAGCUUGUCAUUGUUCACCAGUGACAAGAGUUUUUCUGCUGCUUUUCUUCACUCUUUUUUUUUUUUUAUUUAAAUAAGUAUGAGACAGCUGUUGAGACAGGGUUUCCCGAUAUAGUUCAGGCUUUCUUGGAACUCAUUCUGUAGACCAGGCUGGCCUCAAACUCAGCCAACCUCCUCUGCCUCCUGAGUGCUGGGAUUAAAGGCCUGCGCCACCUCCUCCUGGUGUCUACCCAGGCUCUUCAAGCUUUAAGCCUAGAAGAUUAGCAGUGCAUGCUUGUAAUCCAAGCACUUGGGAACUGGAUGCAGGAGGAACAGGAGUUCAAGGUUAGCCUCAUGUACAUGAGACCUCUCACAGAAACAAACAAAAAUCCCUUCAAGCCUGUUCUUUUAAACGUCAAGUCUGCCAUAUAACAUUCAGUGUCACAAGUUCAUGCUUUGUGCUUUAUUUCUAUUAAAUAAAAGCUUAAUUUCUGCACUUUUGGUGCAUUUAGGAAAAUGCUGUAUCUGGGCAAAAAAGACACUGAAUUUGAAGCCAGGAGGCAUAGUGCAAGGCUCACAUCAGUGAUGGUGAACCUAGUUACCAAGUCUAGUUAACCUACCUACUUACCUUCUUUUCUUUUUGAAACUGUUUUGAGUUACUGGAGAUUAAGCUGAGGGCCUCAUGAAUGCAGCAAGACAAGCACUCUACCACUAAGCUACAGACUCAGAAGACUCAGACAGCAUUUCUGUACUUUAUAUUUCUCCAUCUAAAGUUAAAGAUAGUGUGGUCUGAAUGUCUGUAUCCUUCUAGAACUCAUACUUUCAAGUUCUCCCCCUGAAGGUGGUGCACCAAGAGACAGGUCUUUGGAAGGUAAUUAGGUCAAGAGUGAGUUUAGUAUCCUGGGAAAAGAGGCUGGAAAGAGACACCCCACUGCUUCCGUUUUGUGAGGACAUAGUACAAGGUGCUGUUCUGUUAGCCAGACAUGGGCUCUGUUGGCUUCUUAAUCGUGGAUGGCUGGUCUCGAGAGCCAUUAGAAGUGGGUUUUUCUACAAACCACUAAUUUAAUGAUAUUUUGUUAGAGACUCUUUCAGAAAGGAA